AUGUUCAAAAGCAACAAACUACGUACGGGAACAUUGUGACGUCAGAUGAAAUGCCUUUGCCCAUGCUCGCGAGGACGGGGAAGGAUCAGGCACACUGCAGCUGAUGGAUGUGUUGUAGUGAUGUAAUGUUGCCUGUUUGGUAACUACGGAUGGCUGUUUGUGCCAGGCUCUGCGGAGUUGGUCAGUCUCGGAGGUGCCGAAGGCGACAGAGGCAUAACCAGCAGGAUCAAGGCAGCGAUUCCGACAUGGACGAGGAGGAAGAGGAGCGGAUCGUGGGCAAAGGGAGAUUCGACGCAGGUGCUUGCGGAGGCCCAGAGCGCGGCGUAGCAGCCACUGCAGGGCCGAGUGACGCUUACGAAUAUGGCAGCGGUCGUGUCAACACAGGGGGCUUUCUGGAUCGAACGAGCACGGGACCUCCACACCCCCAGUCCUUAGCGGAAUUACCACCGGAGCUUUUAGUGGAAAUAUUCUCCUUGCUUCCCGGAACAACUCUAUCAAAUGUUGCCCUCGUUUGCAAGAAAUUCAGACAACUCCUCAAGACGGAAACCAUCUGGAGAAGGCGAUGCAUUGAAGAGUUUGGCAUGAAGGAAGAUCUGAGGAAGGUGGAAGCAGGAGGAGUGACUAGCCAGGAUCUCUAUGUUAAACGUGUCAACCCACGAGUGAAGUCUGGGCGCUUUAUGAAGCUCCUCCCGGACUACGAGCACAUGGAGUAUAGAGACGUGUAUACACACUUACUUCACCCAUACAGGCAUAUUUUGGGCCUAUGGCAGCCUGACAUUGGCCCUUAUGGUGGAUUGCUCAAUGUUGUGGUGGACGGUUUGUUCAUCAUUGGCUGGAUGUAUUUGCCACCUCACGACCCCCGCGUGGAGGACCCCAUGAGAAGGCGCCCACUCUUCCGGAUCCACAUGAUGGAGAGCAACAAGGCCACUGUGGAGUGCAUGUAUGGACACAAAGGUCCUCACAAAGGAGACAUACAGACAGUAAAGAAGGAUGAAUUUUCAACAAAAUGUAACCAGACUGACCAUCACCGCAUGCCAGGAGGCAGACAGGAGGAGUUCAGGACAUGGUUGGAGGAGGAAUGGGGGAGGACACUGGAAGAAAUAUUUCAUGAGCACAUGCAGGAACUAAUCCUAAUGAAGUUCAUUUAUACUAGUCAAUAUGAUAACUGCUUGACAUACCGAAGGAUCUACCUGCCACCUGCAAAGCCCUCUGAUCUGCUGCAGCCAGGCCUUUUCAAAGGCACCUAUGGUAGUCAUGGCUUGGAGAUUGUCAUGCUUAGUUUCCAUGGAACUUCUGCAAGAGCAACCAAACUCACUGGAGAUCCCAAUGUUCCUGCAGGGCAGCUCACACUGGAUGUUAACCUGUGUCGGCCUGUGGUCCUCCCAGACUUGGAGCAACAGUGUAACAUUGAGGAGCUGUCACGGCUAGUAAUGGGAGUGCAUGAGGAAGUACAGAGGGAGCAGGAACAAAAGGAAAAUGGCACUUCUGCCACAGUUAGAUGUGCAGCUGAAGGGGCCUGUGGUGGUUCCAGCACAGCAGAGGAGAUGGAGUCAGAUCAUGGUGCUUGUUCAGACAGCUGUGACUCUAGUCACAGUAGCAGAACCAAUCCUGAAACGCAGCCUUUUGUCUUGCCUAUGGGGGUCAUGGCUCGCAACGAGGAGUACCCUCGCACCUGCAGAAAAUGCUUCUAUGGGACAGGCCUGAUUGCUGGGCAUGGCUUUACAAGUCCGGAGCGCACUCCGGGGCUCUUUGUGCUAUUUGAUAAGGACCGGUUUGGUUUCAUCUGGCUGGAGUUGAAGUCUUUCAGUCUGUACAGUCGUCUGACGGACACCUUACCUCACGCUCAUGCCCCCAACUUGGAGCGAUUUGAGGCCAUGCUGCGCAACAUGCAGUCCUGGACAUCCUGAUGCAUCAAGCUUUAAGUCUCCUCCUACAGUAAUAGGCAUCAUAACAACCAUUUUACACAAUUACACCUCUGUCUUCUGCUGGCAAUGUUACUAUCAUGAUUAACUUAAGAGUUUGAAAGCCAUUGGGUGUUACCAUCUAACUUUAGCUUGUUCCAAUCCAAGCUCUUUGAAAGGCUACCCAUGUCACUGUUUGUCCUCACCUAACGUAUGACCUUAAUCCUCCAGUGCAGCAUGAUAACAGGUCACAAAUGUAUUUAUUUAUUCCCUGUAGGACAAAAAAACAAAACAAAGGAAUGACACCAUUUAUUAUAUGUGCCUCUGAUUCUAAAUCCAUGUCUGGACUUGGCAGUGCUUGAAGAAGACAAAGGUGUCCAAUGUAUUCUACUAUAUAAUAGUAUUAUACUGAGUUCAAUGCCCGACAUAUUAAACUGCAUGCUGCAUUUAUUUACACUCAUAACCACUAUCUGAACCUGUUUUGUUUUCAAUAAAGCAGCAUGCCUUUUUUUCCUCUGUUUUUUCCUUUACUUUACAGACAUCCAGACUUUAGAAAAGACAGCAUCUCAGGUGUUUUUCUCUUUGCCCGACAUUAGUGACACAAGGACAGACGAGUAUUAAGUACAACAAACAUGUUUUAAGUUUCAUUCAUUGUAUGGUGUCAAAUAGAAUUGCUGAAUAUGUUUUACAACUGGGCAGUUUUCUAACUGUUGACCCGUUGACGUCUUAUCACACACGGCACCUACAUCAGCCGGCUUUGGUCAGAUGUUUAUGUCUUUCAGCAACAUCAGACAUACUUAAUAUCACCACACCUGAAAUAUUACAUAAGAUGGAAAAAUGAAUUGUAUUGUGUUAACGAUAACAGAUACAUAAUCUGGAUUUAUUCAAAGUAUCAGCGUUAGACAGUUUGUGCUUCUGUAACUAUGGUAUGAAACUGAAGCUUCACUUACCUUUGAAAUGUAUUGAGUUUGUUGUUCGUUUCAAUGGCUGACACAGUGUUUGCCUGGCUUUAUACCUGCAAAGCUAUUCCCUACAGGUUUCCCAGUUGUUUUAAAUUCUAGACCUAGUAGCUGAACAUUAUACGAUCUAACAGCGCAGUACCAAGUAAGUGUCUGUAUGUCUCAUUAUGGCCUGAUGGUGAUGCCCAGUAGCUUUCCUACUCCAAGUGCACUUUUCUGGGCAAUAUAUUGAAUCAUUUGAAAACCACUGGCCAGCACUUUUAUAUCAGACUGCAGCUUUACUAAUAUUUGCAAAAAAUAGAUAUAUGCUAAAGCGUUGUUUUGUUUCCUUUUUGUCACUCCAUUAAAUUCAUCUCAACUUUAGUGUAUUUGUUUGAUACUUUAUUUUCGCUGUGAACCCAGCUGUUUGAAUGAUUUGCCUUUUAAAAGUGUUGCUUUGUACUAUUUUCAAUGCCAUAUGCCUGAAUUUGUGGAAAACUAAGUUUGACCUAUUGAA